AUGGUGACCCUUUUGGGAGCACAUUCGAUUGGAGUUUCACAUUGUUCUUCCUUCUCGAAACGUCUCUACAAUUUCAGUUCAACUCAUCCACUAGAUCCGUCAUUGGAUCCUAUGUUUGCUAGAGCAUUGAAGAAAAAGUGUCCAUCAAAUGCUGCAAAUGAUCAAACUGUGCCACUUGAUGUCCUGACACCAAACAGUUUGGACAAUAAAUACUAUAAAAAUUUGAAGAAUCAUCAAGGGGUGUUAACAUCUGAUCAGACUCUUAUGAGUAGCCCAUCAACGGCUGGGAUUGUGAGGGAAAAUGCCAAGAAUGAAAUGGCUUGGAAACAUAAGUUUGCAGCUGCAAUGGUGAAGAUGGGAUACAUAGAUGCCCUGACUGGUAACGAGGGAGAAAUCGGGAAGAAUUGUAGGGUUGUGAAUUAG